AUGCUCCCAGAGAUUGAAUGGAUUCAGCCACGCCAGGUGCCGGGAAAACCGGCGAUCUCCGUAAUAAUAAGUAAAUGGUGGCGAACGACUUACAAUUGCACUGCCGAAUUUGAUGCACAAUGUGAGGGCGGGGGCAUGUGGGGCGCGCAGGCGGGCUGGUGGUGCGGAGCGCUGGCGGCCGCGUUGAUCGUGUUGCUGGCGCUCUGCCGUCGCGCUGCCAAGCGGGUGCCGACCACGCCGGUGCGGACACAGGUGCACAUAUUCUGUGGUGCUGUGCCGCACAUCCCACGCGCUCCGCCGCCGGCGCCAGCUCGCUGCGCCCGCGCCGUCCUCACCACCGCGCCUGCGCCCCCGCCCCUACCUCUUUCGCAAGCUACUUCUAUCGAAGCAAACACCUCGCAGCCUCCGCAAAUUGUCAUUGUCCAAAAUUUCACUCAGAACACAGUCCCCCACGCAACGGAACCUCAACCUUCCAGCUCACAAGGGCCCAGACACCCUACCCCUGAUUUCCGCGGAAUACCCAAGCUACCUCUUCCCGAGCAGUGGAUUCAUAAGCGCCCUUUCGACUACAAAUACGCGGCUAUUCCCAGACCGUUAGCGCAAAUUGUUAACACAGAGUUAGGCUCCGAUCUGAAUCGAGAAACGCGUGCAAAAAAAUACAGCGCUACGAGAUCGCCCUCUCUCGAAAAAGACGAAAAGUCCCCCUUCAUCGCCAGUGCCAAAUCCGAUAAGACGGACGUAUUCGGUUUCGACCCUGACGCCCUCAAAAAAUUGUGUGAAAAAGCCGAAGACUCGAAGGAAAUGGGAGAAAGGCCGCCUUCUUCCCCGCGCGACGGCGACAAAGACAUUUCCCCGGGCAACUUACGUCGUUUUAGAUCUGUGAGCACUAGGCUCAAUAUGUGCAGCGUCUCCGAAACGCCACCGCUGGACGGUCACCAAGAGAGGUCGGAAAUGCAAAAUUCCCCUCGCUUAAUAGAGUGCAGCUCGGCGAAGGAAAAGUCCUCCGCGACGAAAUUCGAUUUUUCCCCGAAACUUUUAGCUGAAAAUAUUAGUUCCCCCCGCUUCUAUACGCCACCGGAAAUGGUGUCACCGAUGUUUUUCGCCGAGCCGUCCCCGAAAUCCGUGUAUUACGAUACGGUGAGAUCUCCGAAGUUCUUUCCCGAGACUCCUAAAGAGACGGAAGUGCCUCAGUCCCCUAGAUUGCUAAGCGAUAAUAUUCGAACAAACGGUAUAACCGAAAAACCUAACUCUCCCAAAUUGCUCAGUGCGAGACCUAGCCCCAGAGUUCACAGUUACAAUAAAGAAAACUUCUUUACAUUCGAAAACGUCAGCAUUGUCGAGGAUAGCGCUCCGAGAAUUUCCCCGAGACCGAGAAAGUACGGAGGUAGAAACUCAAUCGAAAGGGAGAGAUUCACUCCGCCCGCUGUCGAUAAAGAAAUAAAAAAAUACAGACGCCACAAUAGUUGUGACACCAAUUACAAAAGCGCCGAUGUUAACAUGCAGAGACUUGAGGAAGCGUCGAAGACGGAUUUGCCGACUACAUUACCAGUGUUAGAAAGAGAAGUCGUCGACUGCUGUGCCAAAUUAGACUCUCUAGGUGUAGACGCAAAGUUCGAAAAUGAAAGACGGGAGUUGAGUCCUAAUACCAAUACGGCACAUGCGAGGAGGCAGCGAUUAAAAUCGAUAUCGCUAGAUUCUGAUAACGCAAAAAUAAUCGAACAGAAUUUGGGUCUACCGAUCGCUAAACAAAUGAAAGACCAAAUGAACGAGGCUUAUAAGAAUCAAGAAAUGAGUACUUCCUGCGAAGACGUCGACCGUUUCCAAAAGACGCCUUGUUCGGAAAAACCCUGUUUUAAAUUCGACGUCGGCCCUAAACUAGAUAUGGACACCGAGGAGCCGAAAUCUCCAGAUCUGCUGCAAAAGAAAUGUCUGAGACAAAGUUCAGACACUCAGUCUUUCCUCGACAUGCCUCGAUUUUCCCCGAAAGAAUUUGAAAUAACAGUAACGACAGACGACGGCGCCACCACCUCGGCCGACGCGGAUUCGAAACGAAAAGGGAAAAACCUUAGAAAUCUCACAAUUGAUUUGACGAGGCGGGACAGCGAUUUAGAAAAGGAAUUGCUGGAAUUUGAAAAGCUCUAUUCCGACGCGAACGACAAUAAAGUGAGGACGCCCACUUUAAAGAUUAAAGCGACGUCCUUAGAUUCGUCAGAUCCCGAUACGGUCUCGGCGCCCCCCAAGAAGUCUCUGGAGGUGCCUCAAAAUUCUAUAUCCGUUCCUAACACGCCGAAGAGACAGCUGAAGAGGAUUUUGGCGCAAAAGAAUAUGAAGCACGACGUAUCUGGUGGGAAAUUCGGAUACAAUUCAAUUCAGGGAAACGCCGAACAGCGCAGGUUACUGAUGAAAGGCCAAGAUAGUGGGAUAUUUCUACGCGAAAAUCAUGCUAAUUUAAUGCUAUACCAACCCAGUACCUCUCGAGCUCGCACUAUGGGUUCGUUCGAUGAAAACACCGUAGACAUACCGGUAGACGGCAGCUCAGAUAGGCCCAGCAUUCAUUUGGAUACGGGGCAAACUUUGGGCUCGAACUUGUUGAACUACAAACAAACUUUAAGCGUCUCCAGUACGAAUUUAAAGACGCUUCCGGAGGGAGUGCCGAGCGACGAUUUCGAGCCGAGCGCAGAGGACGAAAAGUUGGCAAAAAAGUUGCACAGACGUAAUUCUAAUCAAAGCCUAAUGUUAAGCACGCACAGUUUGCAAGGCUCCAACUGUUCUUUGAGCAGUACUGGCAACUCGUGUCAUAAUUUAGCCACUGUCAGAACGAGCAUCUCGAAUUUCAGUCUCAACUCGGACGGGAGACAAAAGAAGCUGUCGGUAGACAGGCGUGACUCGAACGCUUCCACGGUUCCCAUGGAGUACGUGACGCCGACCACUCGCGUCAUCUGCUCCUCGAACACCAAUAUAUCAGGAGAGACGCCGAAGAACUGUCUAUUACAGCGUCGCGGGUCGAACAAUAGUUUAACAUUGAAUAUACAUUCGAACAACCUCAGCCGACACUCUAGUAAUAGUUCUUUGAACAAGGAAGCUAAAAUUCAAAAGAAAGGUCUCUUAGAGAGAAGAAGUUCUAAUACCUCCCUUACUCUAAACAUCAACAAUUCGAAUCCCCAGUUAUCGACGAAUAGGGGUUUGAGCAUUUCGAACUACAAUUUAAACGGCUCGACGUGCAACCUCAGCCGCUACAACAGCAAUCACAGCAUAGAUAUCUCCGAGCCUCGCAAGGGGAUACUGGAGAGGCGAAGCUCUAACACCUCGUUAACGCUCAACAUUCAACCGCAGGAGCCUAGAGAUCUGGAAAUAGACGAGUCGAUCAUAGAAGCAAAUUUGAAGGACUUGCCUCACAGAGAUAAGCACAGGAAAUCCCUAAGCACGGAAAACCUUAUUCCAAAAUCAUAUAAAAACAGGACGAGAAAUCCUACAGACAAGGGGAUCGGUUUUGGCUCUCACGAUAAUCUGUGGUCGGCUUCCUACGAUCCGGAUUACCCACGGGACUUGACGUACGUGUGCGGCGAUCAAGAAAACGAAAUUAUUUACGCGUUCGGCCGGCAAGAAGACCCUAACUUUCAAGCGAAUUUUGUCCGAAAUAUCACUACCAAGCCGCUCAGUCCGCAGAGCACUUCGGAAGACUUCAGACUGUAUUUGGCGAACAUGCAGCAUUUACAGAACGCAACCAGCGUUUUGACCCGUCAGCAGUUGAGAGACCUAAAUGAUGUUUUUCAAAAUGGCUACUCAAAAGUGCGCUGCGACACUUCAAAGGAAGGGCAACACUGUUGUUCGGGUCGCGUGGAAGACUUAUCGAAGGAGAACCCUCAAAUGGCGAUACCGGAGCCCGUAGUGACUCAACCGUGUUCUGAGUACCAGAAGAUGCUGUUGAGGAAUCUGCACCAGGAAUUCUGGGAUAUGCCGACGAACUUCCAGGAGAAGCCGAUCGUGUCCGGGUCGCACCCGAAGAAUAGAUAUAAAACAAUUUUGCCAAAUGAGCACUCGAGGUUUAUUCUGAGAACUGAACUUGGAGGAACAGAGGGCUACAUCAACGCCAAUUUUAUUAAGGGGCACGAAUACACAAAAAACUGCUACAUCGCAACACAGGGUCCAUUGCCAAAUACAAUUUACGACUUCUGGCUCAUGGUGCGGCAGAAUAAUAUCGAUUAUCUAUCUCUGAGACCUAACUCGGGUCCCGUCGUCCAAAAGAUAAUCAUGCUAACGAAUUUUAUAGAAAACAACAGACAAAAAUGCGAAAAAUAUUUUCCCCUCGAGAUUAACGAGGACAUAACGAUAGAGCAACCGGAGAGUCCGGACACCAGCGAAACAGCUCGAUGUUUUCGGAUAAAAAACCUUGGCAUGAUAAGAAAGUCCGGGUACACGAUACGAAAACUCGACGUUCGAUUUACAAGAAACACUUGCGACAUCGAUCGAAACGAAAAAGAUGAAAGCGAUCAAAGCAGUCGUGGCGAAAGUGAUGAAGAUUCGGGAAGUGUAACAGUGUACCACUAUUGGUUCCACAAUUGGGCGGACCACAAGUGUCCGAAAGACGUUAACGCUUUAUUAAAUUUAAGUUUGGACAUUUUGCAGGGUGACUUGUAUGAUUUCGAGGUUGAUACCGAUUUGAGUGAAGAGUUUAUGUGUAAAUGUGACAGUCCGAAGCUAGAUUCGAAGUUUGUGUUCCCCCCUGUCCAGUCGUUGUCUCCCUGUCCUAUAAAGAUAAACGUUCCUACUCCUUUGAACUUUAGCUCGGAUACCCUCUCUCCUCCGACCAUCGUUCACUGUUCAGCGGGUAUAGGGCGAACGGGUUGCUUGAUCGCCAUACUGAACGGCAUAAAGCAGCUGACAAACGAACAGAAAGUCGAUGUCCUAGGAAUAGUUUGUAACAUGAGAUUAAACAGAGGUGGCAUGGUUCAAAAUUCAGAGCAAUAUGAGCUUAUACAUAAGGUUUUGUGUUUGUACGAGCAGGCUUGCUUGCCGGAGUUAUAG